AUGGGUUCGACUGGAAUGAUAUCAAUCGCCAUGAAGUUGGUUUUGUUGUUUGGAUUGGCUGUUGUUAUGCUAACAUAUCCUGCCGAUGCUCGACUGCUUGGGAAAGAAGACGACAAUCUCGGAAUGGCGGCGGCGAAAUUGGACAACGGGGAGGCGAAGGACGUUUGGCCGCCAUUUAGCUUCCCGUUUCCGACCCCGCAAUUCCCUCCUUUUCCAUUUCCUACCCUACAAUUUCCUCCUUUUCCAUUUCCAACCCCGCAAAUGCCUCCUUUUCCGUUUCCGACCCCAAUCCCUCCAAUUCCCAAUAUUCCAGGGGUGCCCCCUCUUCCUCCAACUCAAAUCCCUCCAAUUCCAAAUAUUCCAGGAGUGCCCCCACUUCCAACCUUCCCUCCUUUCCAUAUCCCUAAUGUUCCUACCCAUGCAUGA